AGGUUAUCAGUGUUUGGUGUGCAAACACUGCCGACUCCAAAACUAAAACCCUACCUCCCGGGGUUUUUUCCUCUCGCUUGUGUGCUGCCAUUUAGCUCUUCUAAACCUAACAGAGCAAAAACUCAAAAACCAAAUACAAUCUAGGGUUUCAAUUGAAGAGGUAGUAUUAAUUUCCCUUAAACAUUACUAUUACAGAGAUGGUUGAUACUAGUUCAAAGAAGAAAUCAGCAGAUAAAAGCAGAAAUAAGAAGAGAAAAGUAAGAAGCAGUGAAGAGAAUGAAAGAGAUUCAGAACCAGCUCAAAUAGUUUCAGUAGAAGAGACAAUACAAUACACAAAAGAUGAAAUUGAAGAAGAAGAAGAACAAGGAAGUCAGAAUAAAAAGACUAAACUAACAGAAGGUCCUUACCGUAACUUGGAAUUGAUUUCAUCACUUCAGAAGAGAGAUAUAGAUAAUCAAAGGAAACUUGAACUUGCAUUGGAAUACGUUAAUUCGUGGAAGUGCAGUGAUUAUGAUGGAGGUCUUCAAAUAGUUAGCGAUUCUCAUUUGAUUAAGGAACUCAAUAAAUGGGUUCAGUCACUGUUGAUUGUUGACCAAAGACAAGGGGCUUUAAAAUGUUGGGAGAUUUUUAAAUUCUGUUUAGAGAAGUCACUCUAUUUACAAGUUCCAUUAAGUUUUAAGCAGGAGAAAAUUUUACGUGGAGUUUCUUGUGUUGGAAAAAAUGCUUUGCUAGUACUGGAGAAGGAAAAUUCGUGUAUUCUGAGUGAAAAUUCUGACUUUUACAGUUUUGUUUUUGAUUCUGUUGCGUUGCUAUUUACUUCACAUGGAAGGGCAUUUAGUGCUAAUAUGGAUGUAUUGUCCUCGACAGUCAGGACAAUGGUUGAUGUUCUUCACAAGGUUUACUUGGUUAGAGUAUCCAAUGACAAAGCAGGCGUUUUGUUAAUUCGCUUAUCAUGUUUCAUUUUUGAGUAUUUUGCUAAUUUUUUGAGGGUACAUCCUAGUCCAAAGAAAGUUUUCCCUGAUUUCUUAGAUAAGCUUCUUGAACCAUUGCUUAGUUUGUUAGUAAUGGUGAAUAAGCAAAUUGAUAAUUGUAAUUCUACAUUGACACCAAAUUUGUUGAAGACAGUGGAAGACAUUUUAUCUUACGGGUUGUUCCAUUCUGCCCAUGUCAAGGAAUUUCUAAGUUUACAGGGUACAGAUAUGGGUACUGGAUUUCGUGGUGGAGCUGAAAUGAGCAAUAGAAGUUAUUGUGUACGUCUUUUUGAGAGAUUGGAAAAAAUCAUAUCUGAGAAAAGAAUUUCUUCGUUGGGGGCUGUGGGAGAGCUGUUUCGCUUGUUUGUUGUCACAGUGAAGAGGCAAAAGGGAGUUGCUGUGCUGUCCCAGGGGAUAAACAUGACAUGGGAAGUCGGGAUUUUACAGCAACUGGAAAAAGUUAAUACAAGUUCUGACUCCAACAUAUCUCUUGGGAAUGCUAGGACAGUCAUCGGCAGCACUCUUUCUUCUGAUAGACUUGACAUGGAAACCGGUAAGGCAGUAUAUGAUAUCUUUUUAUGGUUCAUAAAGCCUUUGAAGCGGGAGAUAGAAAUAUAUAAUGAAAGGAAUUUGGAACAGGGAGUCAUGCUGUUGGAUGCUGCUCGUUGCACUCUCGAAGCUACCAAUAAGAUAAUUGCGGGGUUUAUGCAUCAAAAAGUAUAUCUGAGGACGGAGGAUACAUCUGAUGGAGAGCGUCUUAAUUUCUUGAAGGGGUUGUAUCAGACUCUUGUCUCAUUUUCAUCGAGGAUACUUCAUUGGUUAUCUGGUUUGGAUAAUGGGAUGCCUGUAGAUGGUGUACGUUUGAUAGCAAAAGAGAUUAUAGUUGCUCUUGGGUCUUUGUUAGAAAUUGAAUACGAGGUUGCUGGAGAGGAUUUGGUAAUCUUGUGGAAAAUUAUGUUGUCAUAUUUAGCGGUUGAUCUACCUGUAACAGGUUCCCUCUCUUCACAUGUUCUGCACUUUGGACGCCGGUUGAUUAAUAUAUACAGUGAGCUUCGCCAGGUUAGUGAGCCAAUAUUUGCACUUUGUAAAGCUGUGAGGUUAUUUUGGAUUCCUGACAGUAAAGCAUGUGUAAAAUCGGUGACCAUGUUAUUAUGCUUUCAAGAGUUCAGGCUUGCAGUUUGUAAAGCUAUCAAAAACAUACCAGAGGGGCAGGCAAGUGGUUUCAUCAAACAGCUAGAAAAAGAUGUCUCUGAUUCUUUAGUCUGGAUGAAGACCAGCAGUUCAAAGGGAAAGGGGGGAGAGUUUGGAGAACCUUUACAUACACGUAGCAAGCAAUAUGUAAAAUUGCAAGCUGAGCUUCUAGGAAGGGCACUAUGUGAAGUAUAUUCAAUUUUAUUAGACAAUUUAGCCGUCACAACAGGGAACAGUAUUGUUGUUGGGAAUUCCAUACAAGACCUGGUGAAAUUUCUAGGCACGUUUCUAAGUAUUCUGGUAAGAAAAGAACAUCCGGAAGUCGGUGAGUUCCUUUCGUAUGUCACCGGACAAAGCUAUUCUAGUGAGAGCAAAACAUCAAGAUUCAGUGCUUCAUGGAUUUCAGUGUUCUUCUUUCGCAUAUAUACUUCCUGCAGAAGCUUAUUCAGGGAAUUGAUAAGCCUCAUGCCUCCUGAACAAUCUAAAAAGGCGUCAAAAGCAAUGGGAGAUCUGUUGACAGCAUAUUCUGGAGACGACUGCAUGGAGAGAGCCGAAGGUUAUUUUUCUUGGAUAAUUAGACCUUCAGACUCUCCCUUGACCGUUAUAAAAUCUAUAGAAGAUUUUUGUGGUCAGGAAACUGUAAAAAGUUGUGCACCCCUGGUUUAUGUGAUGCAUUCCAUGGCUUGCCAGAGGCUUGCUGAUCUGAGCCAGCAGAUAGAUUCUUAUAAGUUCUUACAACAGGAGCAGAAUAACAUGACAUUGACGGAUGAUGAUACCUCAAGUCUGAUUGUUAAAGAAAUCAAAACCCUGAGGAAAGAAGCGAAGAGUGUUACCAAAUAUAUCACGAAAAAGGUCAAAAUGAUGUCUGCUGAUGUUUGUAUAAUUGCUGAAGGCAAAGAGCAACCCGCUACACCCGAAGAUGAUGCAUGGGACUUGUGUAUUCUCUCUCUGAAUGAAUAUUCAUUGCCUACUGCUGUUUGGUAUCUUCUCUGCCAAAGUACUGAUAUUUGGGGCCCUCAUGCCACGAAGAAGAAGUUGAAGAUGUUCCUGCGUCUGUUGUUCCAUAUUUUCCAGACCAGGGCUAUAAGCAGUGGCAAAGACUUCAUAAAGCAUAAAGUAGGAAAAUCUCACAACAUGGAGAAAAUCGCUCCGUAUGAGAUCACAAUAGAGCUGCUACAUGAUAGUUUAUUCCAUGAACAAACAUUUCUAUGCAGGAAUUUGCCAUCAUGCUUUUCUGAUGUUCUCAAGCAAUCUCUAGUAUCUAUAUUUGGUGGUUCUUUCCUGGGACAAACUGACAUUAAUGAGUGGAAAGUAAUUAUAAACAAACUUGAGAAGGCAUCAUCAAUUGCUCUUAACAGAAGACAUGUGGCAGACAAUGAAGUUUUGCCGAUGAAGCCAGAUUCCUUAUGUCCUGAUUCCCCUUUCAUGAAAAGCACCAAGGAACUUUUAGCUUGUCGAAGCUUGCUUAAUCUCUUAGCUUGGAUGCCUAAAGGUUACCUAAAUUCAGAAUCAUUUUCAGAUUGUGCCACUAAUUUACUCAAUCUUGAAAGGGUUUUGGUUGUCACGCUCUUACAGGAUCAGGGUGAAUUACAGGUGGAUAGUUACUAUGAGCUAUUUAGAUUGUUUGUAAGUUGUAGAAAGGCCUUUAGAUGCCUGUUAAUUUCAUUUCACGGUGCUAGUGGUGAAGCUAAACAGUGUUCAAUCAGUACAAUAUUUUCUGGGAAUUCAUAUGCUGUUUUAUGGCUUUGGAAAUCCGUCACUGCAUUGAUUGAACUUCUGCCUGCAUUUCCUGAAGAGCAAGCUACUGAAGUGAGGCAUUUGAGUCUUUCUUUGAUGGAUGAUACAUCUUACAUACUGUCGACAUUAACCAAGGAGCAGUUUCGGCUUUCCGUUUUUUCCGCAAUAAACAACAACGCAGAACUAUUACAAGAGUUACCUAUUUCAGAUGGGCUCAGCAAAAAUAGAAGUUCGGGUGAAUCUUAUCCGAGUUUAGGAACCUGGAUGGAAGAUAUGAUGAAGAGUUUGGAAAAACAUGCGGAUACUACUAAAGCUAGUCUCAAAACUGUGGAGUUAGACGAUUUGUCUUCUUUAGUUACAAGCAUUUAUGGUUUCUUGUGGGGCAUCAAUUCCACUUUGCAAAGUUAUAAGAAGAACACUGAUGAGCACAACUUAUUAGUUAGUUGGCUUUCUCCUGAGUCUGAGGACUCCAAAGACUCUAAACUCAAGCUAUUUAUAGCCUCUUCCGAAAACUUCAUAAAUUCAUGCUUACACACAUUCUUUGUUAUGGAUUCUAAAGAUUUGAGCUUGAAAAAAAACCGAUCUAGUUCGGACAAUGCAAGCUUUACUGUCGAUAUUCUGAUUGAUUCGUAUGAGAGACUACUUUUGAAGAAACCUUUAUCAAGAUUAUUGAAAGGUGACAAUCCUAAACUAGCAGCUUGUGUCAGGCAGCUUCUGAUUGGAUCUUCAGCUAUUUUAAGUCUUAAAAGGCAGAUAUACAGCGGUAGUUUUUUUUCAAGCUCCAUGCCUGUUUCUAUCGCAAUUUCACAGUACUUGCUGACAGAGUUCACAAAUAUGGUUCAGGAACCUCACUCAUUUUCUUAUAUUUGUCUGGAUGGAGUUGUAAAAUAUCUGAAAGUUUUGGGGAGUUAUGUUUCAAAGAAGAACUCAUUAAAAAAUGUGUAUGCUAGGUUGAUUGGCAUACAUUUGCAGGCUAUAGGGAGAUGCAUAUCGUUAUGUGGCAAAGAAGCUACACUAGCAUCCCAUGACACAGAAUCUAGUACCAAGACACUCAUGGGUCAAACGGGGUCAUUUAAGUUAUCUACUGGGCACGGAUGGAAUUGUCUGAAUGAAUUUAGAGACAAGCUUAGGCUCUCAUUCAACGUCUUAGUCACUUCAAAGUUGCAUCUAGAGACAGCUAUUAAGGCUGUAGAAAGAGCACUUGUCGGAGUGAGCAACCGCUGUAGCAUGGGUUAUGAAAUAUGUACUGGAGGUCCAGAUGAAGGAAAGGUUUCUGCAGUUGUAGCAGCUGGAGUUGACUGCUUUGAUUCUGUUAUCGAAUCUGUUUCAGGCCGGGACUCUCUUCCAACCCUCCAAAAAUACAUCCAAAGUUUAACUAGUGCUGUGUUCAACAUAGUUGUGCACUUGCGAGGUCCACAAAUCUUCUAUUCAAAGGUUACAUGUAGCAGUGGAGAUAUUUGUCCAGAUCCUGGAGCAGUCAUUCUUAUGUGUGCUGAGGUGCUAACUAAAGUUGCUGGAAAACCUGCUCUCUUUCAGCUGGAUUCCUCACAAGUCGUACAAUGUUUGCGUUUACCUGCGGCGCUGUUCCAAGAUUUCUGCUACCUAAGAAAUUCCCUAACUUCUCCUAGUUCCUCGGUGGUGUCAGCUAACGAGAAGUUCACUACUGCUGGCAGUCAUCUAUGUACUGUGGAUCAGAGGUUCUCUGUAGAUCUAUUUGCCACAUGCUGCAGGUUAUUGUCUACAGUUCUUAGGCAUCAAAAAAGAGAAAUUAAAGAGUCCAUCUCUAUUCUCCAAUAUUCGGCCUCAGUUCUUCUUUGUUGUUUGGUAACAAGAGAUAUGGAGUCGGUUGACGAAAAAGGUUAUUAUACAUGGGAGGUACAAGAAGGAAGAAAAUGUGCUAGUUUCUUCUGCAGGAUUUACGAAGAGAUAAAACAGCAAAAGGAUGUCUUUGAACGAUAUACUUUGCAUUUUCUAUCAAAUUAUAUAUGGAUUUAUUCAGGACUGGGUCUCUCUAAAACAGGGAUAAGACGAGAGAUAGACGAAGCUCUCAGACCAGGUGUCUAUGCUUUAGUAGAUGCACAUUCAGAAGACGAUCUUCAAUAUCUUCAUACUGUUUUUGAUGAUGGUCCUUGCACAGGGACUUUGAAGACUCUGGUACAGGAUUACAAGCAAAAUUACAAAUAUGGAGGGAAAGUCUGAUUUUGGCAAGUCCUGUGAUUGUUGAAGCUUAUUAUGAAGUGGUAGGCGAGUAUUUCUGGUUAGCUCGUGACAAGUUAAGUUGGUUAGUGAGAAACUUAGAUGUUCACGUGCAUGUAGAAGGGAAAGUGACAAGUCUUGGAGUUAGGUAUGGAUGGAUCCACCAACAGGCAGCAGCACUGCAUGGUUAAUGUAUCUUGGAAUCCUUCUAGAAGCUGAAAUCUACGCAUAUUAUUACUGUGUGCUAGAGUAUGUACCUGGGCUGUUAUUUGGGGUUUAAAUGUGUCUGGUCAGUGUGGUGUACAAAAUAUCUUGGCCACACAAUGACUCCGUUUGCUUGUUUGUGACUAAAUGUCAAAAACUAGUACAGAAAGGGAAAUGUAUUCUAGAAGACUAAAAAGCAACUGUUGUUAUUUGCUAUCCUAGUUAAUCUAUCUGAGAUAUCCUACUUCUUGCGUCCCGUGACUCCCGUCACUUAGAAAGCUCAAUGAAAAGAUUUUUAGAUGUUAUACCAUGUCACGAAAGAUGAUUGACAUUGUUGCUCAUGAUUUUGCAAUUGAAUUUUUUUUUUCUCUCGGUAUGAUUCACCAAUCA